AUGCCAGCCCGAUCGCCGCGGCGCAGCACCAACGACGUGCUCAACCAGACGGGCGUCGUGGGUGCAGCCGCCCGCUUCUGGAAGCGCUCGUAUGCCUCGGACUACGUCGGUCUCGCCAUCCUGGUCGGCGGGUACAUCGUACUCCAGAUGCAGUUCCUCGCCGAGCCCUUCCACCGCAUGUUCUACCUCGACGACCUGCGCAUCGCCUACCCGCACGCCGUGACGGAGCGCGUCAACGUCGCCUGGCUGUUCAUCUACGCCGGCGCCGUCCCGCUCGGCGUCCUCGUUGCAUGGGCGCUCGCCACCCGCCCCGGCGCCCACAAGGCCCACGUCACGCUGCUCGGCUGGCUGGUCAGCAUGAUCCUGACGCUGUUCCUGACCGACGUGGUCAAGAAUGCCGUUGGCCGCCCACGCCCGGAUCUGCUGUCGCGCUGCAAACCCGCUCCUGGCACGCCCGCGCACACCUUGGUCACGUUCGAGGUGUGCACGGAGACGGACCACCAUGUGCUGCAUGACGGCUGGCGCAGUUUCCCCUCGGGGCAUAGCAGCUUCUCCUUCAGCGGGCUGGGCUAUCUGAGUCUGGUGAUUGCGGGGCAGUGCCAUGUCUAUCGACCGCGGGCAGACCUGGCGCGUGUCCUGCUUGCCCUUGCGCCGCUGCUAGGCGCCGCUCUCAUCGCCAUCAGUCGGUGCGAGGACUACAGACACGACGUGUACGACGUGAGUGUGGGUUCGCUGCUGGGCAUCUCCGUCGCCCACUACACGUACAGGCGCUACUACCCAGCGCUGAGGAGCCGCGACUGCGCUACUCCGUAUCCGAACCCGGCAGACGACAAGGGCUUCGCCAAGAUCAAGGACGAGGAGAGCAUUAGAGGAGCGCAGGAGUUUGAGCUGGCUGGCUUCGACGAGGACGACGAGGAGAGGGAGAGCAGGCCUCUUAAUGGACGAAGAUGA